UAAGACAAAGAUAGAGAUUGUUUUUCUUCUUUCUUAUGGGCAGCUGAUACUCCAAACAUAAUUCGUUCAGAAAGCAAAGCUUCAGGGAGUGUUCAAACAGUAAUUUACAUGUUCAUGUGAUUCAUGAGUUUGCAUGAUUUAUAUGAGCCAUGUGGAAAACAACCAAGAGAAAAGGGGAAGUUUAUACAUCUCCGUUGAUGUGAUUGGCUGGACUAUAUGAACAAGCUCCUCUUGAAUAUGUGUUGGGAGCUCCAUUUCGGACGGGUACAGUUGAUUCAUUCCCAGCACUCGAUACUCUACCAUUGAGUGCUAUUUUGCCCAGAGCCACAAACGACCCUUUUCUUAAUAAGGUCAGACAUAACCUCUAUUGCCCACGUCCAACUCAGGCCUUGACCCAACUAGACAGUCCAUUCCCUAAGAUAGAAACACACAAAUCAUACCUCUGUCAGCCGUCAAAUACAGCCUGUGAGUAUAAAUAGCUAUGGAUUGGACUCUCAUCUCUUAUCUCUGCUAUAGCCAAAGACACGUCAGUGAACCGCAAAUCACAGCCAUGUCCUCCUACAAACCCUGCUCUCCCGGCCAUGUGUGUGUGUGUGUGUGUGUGUAUGUGUGUGCGUGUAUACAGCCUCAUAUAUUCUCACAGUCUAUUCCUGUGUUGGACAUUUGGCUUUAUUCAGUGGCUUUGAGAGAUUUGAAGGGAAGUACAGCAUUUGUCUGAAGCAAUGCAUGCAAGUUUUGCUCUUGAGGAUUUCUCACUUUGUUUUACACAGAAGAAAGAACAGGACAUGAGAAUGACCAUCUAAAUAAAAUAAAAAAAAGGAAAUAUAAAAAGCCUGGAUAUGACAAAAAACAAAAAAAACAAAACAAGAACAUCAGCGUUCCACAUCUUUGUGACGCAGUGUGUUGCAGUAAAAUAGCACCGUGCAGAAAAUAUGGCUGAAGCGUAACUUCACUGAGGUUUCUUCAAGUACAGUAUGCCGAGACGAACAUUACUAACACAACAGCACGCUUUACAGUGUUUGGGAACGGCGCUCGGUUCUGUACUGUCGAGAUCUGUCGCUACCAAACACAGCUGGCCUCCUCACGCGGACGAAGCAUCACUUUAUAUCCACUGGCCCUAUUGCCUAAAAAGAUGCUCCUACUGCAACUUCAACAAGUAUAUUCCUCGGAAUCAAAACCACGCGGUCAUGACAGAAUGUCUGCAGAAAGAGACACAAACCUUACUGCAGCUCAGUCAGGUCUCCAGGAUCAGCUCUGUGUUUUUUGGAGGAGGAACACCAAGCCUGGCUCAGCCCUCCACAAUCGCUGCUGUCUUGGAGACCGUCUCCAAACACGCUCAUCUCUCAGAUGAAGCAGAGGUCACUCUGGAAGUGAACCCUACACCUGCUGGAAAAGCUAGUCUGAAAGACUUCACGCUAGCAGGAGUUAACCGGUUUUCUGUUGGAAUCCAGUCGCUGAAUGAUGAUCACCUGAGGGUACUAGGAAGGGAUCACGAUUCCCAGCAUGCUCUCUGGACCGUGUCAGAGGCCAGGACGCUCUGCCCGGGACGCGUGUCAGUGGAUGUCAUGUUUGCGCUUCCAGGACAGAGUGUAAAGGCAUGGGAGAGUGAGCUGGACAAAUUGCUGCCGGUUUGUGAUGAUCACGUUUCACUGUAUCAGCUGACUUUGGAAAGGGGUACGCAGCUUUUUAAACAGGUUGACAGCGGUGAACUAAGCGUGCCUGGUGAAGAUGUCACAGCUGUUAUGUACAAUUCAGCACGAGGAGUCCUGGAGAAAGCUGGGUUUUGUCAAUACGAAGUGUCCAACUUUGCCAAAAACAACGCUGUCAGUGAACACAAUAUUGGGUACUGGAAGGGACGUCAGUACAUCGGUGUAGGACCAGGGGCACAUGGGCGGUUUGUGCUGCGUGCAGUGGGAGGAGUUCAGAGGGAAGCACGAACCCAGACUUUAGAACCAGAUGUUUGGAUACGAGAGGUUCAGCGUCACGGUCACGGGACACGCCGCCGAAUACAGCUCGACCACCGUGGCCUGCUGGAGGAGGUUUUGGUGAUGGGUCUGCGUAUGAAUGAAGGAAUCGCUCAGCAGCACUGGGAGCUGUUCAGCCCAGAAGAUGACCUCCAACAGAUUUUUGGGAUGUCUGAAAAAGUUCAAGAAUUUCAAGCAGGGGGACUUUUAAUACUUAAUGACAGGGGUUUGCGGUGUUCCUGGGAAGGGUUAGCAUUGCUGGACAGCAUCUUACCCACAAUGCUGCUGGAAUUAGAGAUGUUUUUCAAAAAGCAGUACACCAGCAGAAAGACAGACAUUCAGAGAGACAGAUGACAGUUUUCA